GGCUCAAUCAGACUCCGAGCACAAUCUGGUUGACACUUAUUGAGACUGAGUGUCAUCAUGGAUGAAAUCGGAGCAUGAGGCGUUGGACCGGGAGAAUUCACUGAACCAAAUCUGAGAGAUAACUCCGUGCAGCAUUCGAGCGCUAAAGACUUAAAAGAAUUUUGUCGGAACUCGCAUUUGCCAUUGAGUCGAUGGUUUCUUCCCUGCGCGAGUUAUUGUUUACCUUCAUUCCAGAGUCGAAGCUGGCGCUGGACGAUGACAAGUUUAUUUGCGUUGCGUCUAAGUAAUGAAAAUCAAAAUAUGGAAAUCGAAAACGAAAUGGAUUUUGAUAAAGAACAAGAUUUUGGAAUUGGAACGUAGAAUACCAGUAGAAUAAUUUCACGCACCAGACCAACCGAGAUUAUAGUGGUUGAAGUAAUUGUAGGGAAUUUGAAUUAUACAUGGCGAUCCUCCGCGGUUGUGCUUUGGGCGCCUGCUUCGGCGGGGAUGCGUAGCCUACCGCGGUGAACCCCGCAAGUUCCGGAGUGAAGGACUAACGCCAACGGGGAGGCUUGACCAUCAGAAUUUGUACUGCCGACGCUGUGCCAGGCACGAGCCUUGUCACAGCCUCCGAACGUUCGGUUCCUGUACAGCGAACCUUUGUAGUGUGAGACGCACUGUUGUUCAAACGACGUCCGUGAGUGGUGUUGGUUGAUAUCGCAGUGAAGGAGCGCGAAAAUGGCGGAUCCCACGGAGCCACCACCGGAGAUGAUGGACGAGGAGGAGGAGGAAAUCCCGCUGUUGAAGCAGGACCACCCGCUGCUGGCGCGCGUGCAGCGCGCUUUGCUCGAGCAGCUCACCGCACAGAAGGACAGGCUAAGGCUACAGCUCUCCGAAAAGCAAGAAGAGUUGAAAAAGCUCGUGGGCCAUCGAGAAAAUAUCGGUUCCAAUUUAUUGUUGUUCGCACACGAAGAUUAUACCCUUUGAAGCUAGUCAAUAACAACAACUCACUGUCAUGAGAUGCGAAGAGCUAGAACACGCAAGGAAAAAAGAGCGCUCAUGUUUGUACUUAUGUUGUCUCGCCGAAAAAACAGGUGUGACCCUCUACCACGCACAGCAGCAACUUGCAAAACUUCAGCUGUCGCAGGAGGAAAUCCAGGAUAAGUUCGCCAGCAUAGUGCAGUCGAAGGAGGAUGAAAACCAGAAACUCGAGACCACCACUAGCGAGUAUAUAACUUGAUAUUGAUGAAACUGUGCGGUGUCCAGGUCAAGGUCUUACUUCGUACAGACCACAUGCAUCGAUUCUCAGACCACCAUUUUGGAAAAGCUCAUGGACUUUCUUAGCUUUUUUCUUGGUCCAUUAUCAUGUACUUAAAACAUCAAACAAAAUUUUCUUCCUGUACUCCAGGUACGAAGUAGUAAAGCGAGACGUUGACAAGCAACUGAAGCAAGUGAACAAAGCCCAGGACGAACUAAAUCAGCUGAACACCACCCUGCGGCAGGUGGAAGAGUACAAUGAGCAGAUGAAAGGUGAGAUUGGCAUAACGCGACGCGCGACCUACAAAGCAGAAGACGUAAUAAAGAAGAAGGAGAAGGUCAAGAAAAUGCAGGAUGUCGUGAUUGACAAGUAAGAAGCCAGUAAUUCUCUCAACACUCAAUGUUCAUGUUGUUGAUGCAAUAGCAAACGCAAUUCUGAGAAAGUGGAAAUAUGAAUAUCGAGAUUUGUUACUGAUACUGUAGUACAAGACCGCUGAUGUGAUGUGCAAAAUCGAAAAACUUUCAGGAUGAAUCAAGAGAUCCGAAAGCUGAACGACAGUAAAGCGGUGUAUGAAGCACAAAUAGUUGCACAACGUGCGGAAACUGAAGCGGCAGUGAAGACGAUUCAGGAAGCCGCAAAGGAAAUUGAAGCGGUCUCAUUCGAGAAGCGACAAUUGGAGCUUUCAUGGCGAUCCAGUUUGAUAGGGAUACAAAAGCGGGACGAGGCGUAUUGAUUCAUGCAUUUUAUCCAUAUGGCGCUGGAAUCAAGGAAUGUGUAUGUCCAUGUGCAUUGUUGGUAGAACUACUUCGGUAUGCUUGAGCUAGUGCUUCGCCGUCACUUGUUUUAAACACAAAACUGCUGUGCCGUAUACAAUGCUACAGGGCCCAAGAGGUGAUUUCCGCGACGUCCAAGGUGGAACAGCGGCAGAGCGAAAUUCAGAACGAAAUCCGCGGCCUGCAGAACAGCAUUAGAACCGAGCAAGAGCAAAAUGAAAAGCUCGCAGCGGUGCAAGAUCGCAACAUGAAGGAAAUCCAGUACCUGCAGUCACAAAUGACAGUGGUAGAACUGGAUGCUCACACAACAUUUUUAUACCUGGUGACCACACGACAUUUUUAUACAAAAUUUCGUCACAGCACCAUUAAUCUCCAGAUGCAACAGUUUGGAUUCUUUGAUGUCGCAUGUACUCCCGAUCAAGUCGGAUUUUUAUUCUUGUAUGGACCAUACAAUAUCAGGUUCGCGCAGAGCGUGAAAGACUUGCGGGGCACUACAGCAUGCUGAAAAAGUCGCUGGAUCACGCACAAACCGAAACCGCGCAUUUCGACACCGCCAUAGGGACUUGUCAAAACGAAAUCGACAUUCUCGAGGGCAAGGUUCAACGGACGUCGAGGCACAUAUCAGACACCUACAACAAAAUCGACGCUUUUGUUUCCGACCAAGUCACGAGCAAGAGAAACGAGGCAGCCACACUGAAGAAUAUCAAAAAGGUACCUGUCAUAGAUGAAGAGACUUCUGAGAUCAUCGGAGGCGCAUUUAUUUUUUUACGAGCUGGUUUAGUAGUACAGGUACAGGAUUAUCUUCUUUUUUCCAUCCGGUAGGAUAGGAGCAGAAUGUCAAAGUCUUGCAAAAAUUAUUGUACUGUUUUUCAACAGGUUGCCACUGAAGUGGUGACGAAAGAAGAGGAAGCUGCGAAAACGAAGAACGACAUCUCGAAGAUAAAGAUGCAGGUCCUCACAACAAGGUCAAAACUGAGCGGCCUCGCUGCCCGAGUGAAGGAACUAAACUCCGACCUCGACCAGCGAUCGAAGGUGAUCGCUUCUCACGAAAGCGAAAUCAAGCAGAGGCAUCUGCAAAUCGAGAAAAAACAGCUCUUCGUGGACCGGCUUAACCGGGAAUACGAUGACAAGAGGAGUAUCGUCUUUGUUUUGUUGUAUACUGCUGUCGUUCUUGAAGUAGAUGUUGACGUAGAAGUUGCCUUGGUCACACAGUAAGAAAGUAAGAGUAACUCGUUUGGAAGCUUCGUCGCACCCCUCCUUUCAUUCUCCUGGAAUUAUCGUUUUGGAUUUACGAUUGAAUUUCUAUUUCAGGGCGACUGGAGGAGGAGCUCGGAGAGGCCGUAGAGUCUUCGGGACCACUAGAAGCAAAAUGCAAGUCCUUGCGGCGGCAGAUAGGAGAAAGAUGUAAAACGGAUAGCAGAGUUUUUUCAUUUGUUUUUGUUCAUAGAAGUCUUGCAGCGUGAGUUGUCCCUGCCUGUCUGUAGUCGUGUUGACCAUUGUUCUUUUAGAAAUCUAGAAGAAAAAUUCCCAGCGGCCGCCUGUGCGUUCCAGCAGAAGGAAUGGCUGAAGAAACAGCACAAGAUUUUAGAGGAGCAGGUCACCGCGGAUCAAAUAAAAGCAACAAUCGCAGAAAUGAAGCAUCGGAAAAUUAUUCUCGAACAGAAGAAGGUAUAAUGCACAGUGUUUUUUUCUUGCAACAAGAACAAUGACAAUCAUACUUCUUCAGUGACACCUCGAGUAUAGAAUGCGUGACACUGCACCGCUACUGACUUGCACUUCAGCGUCAAUUACUUACAACAUGCUGCCAACGAUCACAAGCAAUUGAAAAAAAAAACAGGUUCGCAGCGAAAAAGAGGUGGAGACACAGCUGCAGGAAGUAAAGCACUUGGCUAUGAAUGUGAAGGAGAUCAAGCAGGAGAUGGACCGGAUGAAUAGCAACAUGGCGAGAUACGAGGAGCAAGCAGUGAAGCUCGCGAAUGACGCCGAGUGCAGCGAGAAGGAGUUCGUUGCCAAGCUGAAGGACAUCGAGGCUGCCUGCACCAAGAUGGAGGGGCACAUCGAACAGAUCAAGGUCGAAAAGAGCGAUAUGGAAGCGGAAACAAUAGAAGCAGAGAAACAGGUACGUGCACUUCUAUUUCGAUACAGAAUGCACGAAAACGAACGCGUGGUUGCGAUUGCUGUAUCGGAUAAGUGAGUAACUAGAACUACGCCCUAUUAACUUUCCGUGCGGGUAAUUUUGGUCAUUCAGAAAGUAUCAAGUGCCAACAAAACGUCUCGCAGAUAAUGCUGUGGCAGCGAAAAAUCCACUUGGAACAAGAGAUGCAGCAGGCUUUGGAUCCGAGUGUCGGUGAUCUCGAGACCACGGCGAUGAAGAAAGAGAUUCAUCGGAUGCAGCUGCGACUAGAACAGUUGAAGCGGCGACAGGAGCAAAUUAUCACAGAAAUGGAGCGGACAGUGCACAAGCGCGAUGUGAUUCAGCUCAAGUAAGGGCAGCUUCAUUUAGAUUUUCCAUUUCAGAAUUCUCACUCGCGAAUAAAGUUGUUGUCGUUUUGUCGAAAGAUGAGGAGUAGUGGAAGAACAAUCUAAUUCCAAAUCUCCGCGUUAUCCGAGGUAUGAGCCAAAGGCGAAAAAGAGCGGCAAGGUCGACACGAAGCGAGAGGUCGAGAGUCUGAAGCGCGCGUUGAAGACUGCGACGGAGCAGAGGGCCCAGGUGGAAGACGAAAUCGGCAAGAAAGAGAAAUUGCUCGAGGAAUUGCAAACCACCGUGACGGACGCGCAGCGGGAAGCCUCGAAACUGGAGCACAUGACCGUGGACCUGUCGGCCAAUAUCGCGGUUACCAAGGUCGUGUCCGAGAUCACGCACGCCAAGCUCGAAUCGCACAAGACCCCCGGUCCCGCGGAACCCGCUCCGGAAGACGUCGCGACCAAGGAAAAACUGGAAAAACUCGUGCAGUCUUUCCGGGAGCGUUAUCCUAGCAUGGAGCUCUUCCACCCCCAACUUUGGGCCGGGUUCUACGCCACAGCGUGAGGGGCAAGGACUGCGGGUGGUGCCUGUCUGAUGCAGAUGUUUUGAACCUAGCGCCAGUUUACUGGCGCAACGAAAAUUAACGAAGGAAACGAAUCAAUAGUCCUCCAACGUUUAUAUCAUUAUUCAAAAAUAGCUGCACAAGCUAACAAGAUCCAAUAUUUCAAUCAAGUAACAGUAGAACUGCUAGUGCUUGAGCAGUCUACUACCAAAAUUCGACAUUAUUCAGUAUAGCGAAAACAAGUACAAACGAGUUCCACAUGUUCAUUGUGGGAAACAUCACCAAUUCUUUUCGUUUGAUUUGACUCAUAAGCAGGAGAUAUGAUCGGAAGAAACUAUCACUUCCGAGCGACUGCGGUUGGGAAAGACUUGAAAAAUCUUUCCCGCGGGUGAGGUCGAGGAUCCGCGCAGGUCGCCGCAGAAGAUUAUCCCUGAAAACCUGGUCCUUAAUGACGAAAGCUUAAGCUUGUGAAACACUAACACACACUGUAGUUUUGAAUGUAGUUGUGAAUGCGAUUGUGUCUGUGUCAGCAACAGCACCAAAACGCACUUUGCCUCAAAAGAUUGUCGAGAGCUGUUGUCGCUUGCAACGGUGGGACGGGAAGAUUUCCCGCGCUGCCAGCGUCAGAGCUGCGACAGACAGACUUUCACAGGAGGCCUCUUCCAAUGUACCAGAAAAAGAACUAAAAAAUGCGUUUGGUACGAUUCAAAAACGAUUUGCGAAUGGAAAAUUCUUUUGUAUGAACAAGGCUAGUACAAGAAGAAGUUGAAACAGAUAUACACAUCUGCUACCUCGUUUGCAGCUUCAAGGCCACUGUGCCUGCUUGUACACCGCUUACGCUGUUCAUGCGGUGCUUUUUUCGACGCUGCCUUGGCCUCAACUGAUGUUUUGUGGAUGUGCAAUUAUUUUUCGCCGCCGG